AUGUCUUAUUUAACAUUAACCAACUGGUUAACAUCCUUUCUAUUAAUCGUCCUGCUUUACACGGCUAAAUAUUACUUUUCAUAUUUCACGCGUACUAAUCCUUUACCAGGUCCCUUACCUUUUCCUAUAAUUGGUAAUGCAUAUCUAUUUCGUGGAGAUUACGCCGAAGUAUUCGUUAAACUUCAAAAGAAAUAUGGAACUAUACUUGAAAUUUAUUUUGGUCCUAAACGUAUGAUUUGGAUAGGUGAUGCAAAAUUAAUUAAAAAACUUAAUGAUCCAUCACCAAAAUCAAAAUUUCCAUAUCGAGCCAUAGGAUCUUGGAUUGAUGAAAUUAAAAUGACUGGUAUGGGAAUGGGACUUAAUAAUCAUAUGAAUUCAUGGAGAUUUAAUAGAGCAAUGUUAGGUCGAAGUCUUAUGGUACCUUCACUAUUUCGACAAUUGGUUCAUAUAAUGGAAAAAACUUUUGAUGAAUUAGAAAGUUAUUGGAUAAAAUUAUCAAAAGGAAAUAAAGUUAUGAAAAUUGAUUUAGCUGAUUGGAUAUAUAAAUAUACAAAUGAUAUAAUUGUUCCUACAGUUACAAGAAAACCUGCUGGAACUAUAAGAAAAGAAAUUGAGAAUACUCCAAAAGGAGAAACAUUAAGUUCUGAUAUUUUAACUUCUCUUAUCUGUUCUAAUACUCAUCUCGGUACUCAAUUUGAUAAUGAAAAUGAUGAAUUUGGAAGGCCUAUGACUGAUGAAGAAAUCAUGCGAGUUACGAUUGAAACAAUCACUGGUGGUACUAAUCCGCUUGGUUCUGGAAUAUGUUUUACUUUAUAUAACAUUGCAAAGAAUCCUGCCGCACAAUCCAAGGUUCACGAUGAGAUCGAUAGAGUCCUUGGUAAAGAUAUAAAUCGACCAGUAACCUACGAUGAUAUUAUAAAAUUAAAUUAUAUCGAAGCUUGUUUUAAAGAAUCAUUACGAUUGGUUCCAGUUAUUCCCUUUAUUUUUAAAGCAUCAUCUAAAGAAGAUACCGUGGCUGGCUUUAAUUGGAAAGCCAAACAAGAAUUCUUUAUUCAUAGUUAUUAUAUUCAUAAUACUAAAGCUCAUUGGCGCGAUCCUGAAUUAUUCAUACCUGAAAGACACCUUGAUAAUGAAAAAGAAAAAAUUGAAGAAAAUAGUCAUUUACCAUUUGGUGGUGGACUUAGAAUGUGUCCUGGGCGUCAUUUAGCAUUAACUAGUGCUAAAAUUUUCGUAACUUUAAUUUUUAGAAAAUAUAAAAUGGAGUUGGUUGAUGAUAAUUCUUUCGCUAAAUCUUAUGAUUUAGAUAAUAGGUGCGAUAAAUUGGAGCUUUGGAACAAACGUGGUGGAUAUAAUGAAUGGAUUAUCAAACUUCAACGUCAAUAUGGUGACAUAUUUGAAGUCUGGUUAGGCCCUACACGCAAGAUUUACUUAUGUCGUGCUGAAUACUUUGAUAAAAUACAUUCAUUUAAUACUAAAUCAAAGUGGUUAUCUCGUAUGAGAGCAACUGAAGGUACUUUAGAACUUGGAAUGGCUCAACGAGGUGUAUGGUUAAACGCGAACGUCGAUGAUUGGAAAUAUAAUCGUCAUUUCUUUAAUCAAGUUAUGCUCGCUCCUGGUUUUAAUCUUAAAGCUGUUGAUGCUACUAAUAAAAUGUUAAAAGAAAUGGAAAAAUAUUGGAUUAUGCUCGGUAAUGAUCACAAAAUUGAUUUAUGCAAAUGGAUGGGUAGAUUUACUAUCGAAAUGUUUGAGUCACCACUGGUAUUGUCACAUUUAAAGCAGUUGGAGUCGUCAUUGGAGUCGUCAGUUUUGGAAGUCAUCGCUUUUGAGUUUUACGUGGGUCUUUCAUCUUUAUGGUAUGGUUAG